CAGCUCAUUUUUUUAUUUUUUUAUUUUACAUUCCGCGGACAAAUCAGUAUAUGCUCGUUGGUUACUUGGUUCGACCGUGGAAGCAGGAAAAAUGUACUACUCCUGCCAAUUCCUAUACCUGCCAAAUUGAACUGCAAAAACGUGUUAUAUUUAGCUAGAAAGGUAGUACUAGUACUAUACCUGCCAAUUCCUGGUGAACUGUGGGGGUUCAGGUGAAGGAUUGUAUGAAAUUUUGGUCUCUGCGGCAAAACGAACUUGCUGGGGUUAGGCGCCUGUUCCUUCUGGCAUUCGAUUUGCGAGCUCAAGUGGAUUUUUUGGCCCAAUUUACUCUCCCCUGACCCUCUCUAUGUUGCAACUUUUGACACUGUACUUAGAAUGAACAGUUACAUGUCUAUGAGCAAAAUGUACUCCGUUAUUAGCUUCACAUAUUCAUGUUCCAGAAUUCUACAAAAAAACACACUCCUUCGCUAGCAUCAUCAAGCAAGUGCAGUUCCCCGCUCGGUAGUUUGCUGGUGUAAUACUUUCCAUGGUCCGCGACAUUGCUCUUUUUGCAGAACAGUUUCAUUGUCAGCUAUCCCUGAGUGUUGACUGGCUCAAAUUAGGUUCACCAACUUUCUUCCUGGUUGUCUUCCUGUCAGUUAUAUGAUCUGGGAUAGUGCUGAAAUCAUGUUAUUGCUCUUUUCUGUUACUUGAUUGCUCAGUCUUCUUUGCAUUUAGGACUUCUAAGGGUGCUACCAUCUUGUAUUAUUUUAUUGAAACCAUAAUAGUGAUAAACUUUCAUCUUGCACAUUCCAAAAAGCAGGCAAUCCAUGUUAAGGUCUCAACACAGGAUUUAAUACUCAAGAACAUUUUUUUCCUUUAACUUGCUUUUGAAGUCAGUGUUGGCCCUGUCCCGAUGCCGAGUACUUCCGGCAACGGCGAUACGACCGACGACGAACGACGACGAAGCAAUGCAAGCUAGCUUCGUCCGAUCAAUCCACCCAGCGCAAUACAAAGCUAGCCUCCAACUAGCAAAGCAGGUGCGCCUGAUUGAUCUACCGCUGGCUGAAGCAAAUUCCACACGCGCGUACAAAGCCUAAUCUACUUGAUCGAUUCUGGCUGGACGUAAUACACGCACGCACGCGAAAUGCUGGGUUGCCAAAGGCUCGUAUCGAGCCUUGAGUUUAUUCCUUCAACUCACGGUAUUGUUUCCAGGGGCUGGAUACACGUAUAUAUAUUAGCUGCUAGCCUGCCUAGUACUAGUCCUACUAGGUAUCUCUAAUCCCUACACUAGUCGGAGACGUACACAUACAUGUAUCCUUACAGAACGUCGGGUUUAAUCCCAACAAUCACCCCCUAAACACGACGUCGUCACGUCACAGCACCGACGCCGAUCCUUCUUCGCAUCUUCAAGAACUUCUCUCGAUCCAAAGUCUUGGUCACGAUGUCCGCCAGCUGAUCUUCGGUGCAAGUGUAGUUGACCUUCGUCUUACCUUCUUCCACGCAAUCCUUUAUGUAGUGAUACACCGUAUCAAUGUGCUUACUCCUAUCACGCCGCACUGGUUCUUCGCAUAGAAAAGUUGUAGACUUUCCAUCAACGUUGAGCACCACUCGUUUCGGACCUUGAUCCAUGAGAUCACCGUGUAGCCUCUCUAGCCACACACUUUGGCACACCGCAGUGGUAGCUGCAAUAUACUCUAUUGCAUCAACUGCGGAUACUUUGCUCUUCUUGCUCAGCUCAAGACGAGGUUCCAUUGGAGCGACAAUGCGAUUGCAAUCUUUCAUGCCACGGCUUUCAAGCAUUAAAACAUAAGCAGCAGAAAACAUUGUAUUCGUCCCUACAGAGACUAAAAGAAGAGUUAAUGCUUCUUGGAUUCAUUUCCUUCAUCCUGAGUCUCUCACAGAGUUUUAUUGUUCACAUUUGCAUUCCGGAAACCGCUACACGUUUCAUGCUUCCAUGCAAGAGAGAGAAUCACAAAGUUAUAGAAGAAGGUGGCAUAGUUUGCAAGAAAAAGGGUGAUGUCCCCUUUCUAUCACUGGAGGCAUUGCAUCAGCUGCACAUAUUCAUAUUUGUACUUGGCUUGGUCCAUGUGGUUUUCUGUGCUACAACAAUAUUGCUUGGUGGAGCGAAGAUAAGAAGAUGGAAGCAUUGGGAGAAUGGAAUUCACCGAGAUAUACAACAUAAAUUUGCAGAACUACAAACAGAUAUUGUAGGAAACGUUACACCAUUGCAUGUUGUGCUACGCCAUAAUCACCAGGGUGAAUUGGUCAGUGAGCGAACCAGGGGAUUUUGGAAGCAGCUGGCUGUUGUGAGCUGGAUAAUUGCGUUCUCGAAGCAAUUUCAUGAUUCUGUGGGUAAAUCAGAUUAUGAAGCGCUUAGAUCAGCGUUCGUCUUAAUACACUACCCAAGGCACCCAAACUUUGAUUUCCACAAGUACAUGACCCGUGCCCUUGAGCAUGACUUUAAGAGGGUUGUUGGUAUCAGCUGGUACCUGUGGCUUUUUGUUAUCGUUUUCCUUUUGCUGAAUAUAAAUGGAUGGCACACAUACUUCUGGUUAGCUUUCUUGCCUCUAUUUCUCCUGCUUGUUGUUGGCGCAAAGCUACAGCACAUUAUUACUCGAUUAGCUCAAGAGGCAGCAGCAUCAUUAGCAGAUAAAACAAACCAAGUCCCGAACAUAAAGCCAUCCAAGGAGCAUUUCUGGUUUGGGAAACCUUCAAUUGUCCUUCAUUUGAUCCAUUUCAUCCUAUUCCAGAACGCCUUCGAGAUUGGUUUUUUCUUCUGGGUCUUGGUAACAUAUGGGUUCGAUUCAUGCAUCAUGGAGAAGAAGGCUUACGCCAUCUCCAGACUUGUUAUUGGUCUGAUCAUCCAGGUGGUGUGCAGCUACAUCACCCUGCCAUUAUACGCCAUCGUCACCCACAUGAGCGGAGACAUCAAGCUGCAAGCGCUGGGCUCGGGCCUCCACGAGUCCGUGGCGAACUGGGCCACGGGUGCCCGGAAGAGGGGCCGCUCAGAGACGAGCCUCCGGAACUCACUCACCUUGAAGAAGGCCGGCGCCACGGAUCCCGUCGCCGGCCGCGGCGACAGCGUCGAGAUUCCGGUGGCGCGGGCGCCCAACGAGCGCUUCGGCAGCUCGCGCAACAUGCUGACGCCGGCGGCAGUCCCCGACCUGGACGAGAUCGUAUCCGUCGCGGACGUCGACAGCCGGAGGUGAACGUGCAGAGGCGACAGGCUACAUGCCGCGCUGGCAUGCCCUGCCGGUGCCAGCCGGGGACAUUGCUGGUGUCCGCCGGGGCUCUGUACAUCUGGGCCGGGAGGGAGGGCGUACCGCCUGGUUGCGCAGGCAGGCGCCCUCGUCUCGUGCACGCUGACGGACACUACGCACUGUAAUGUCACGGCUUCUCUGUAAACGGUACGAGCGGACAGGACGCGUCUCCGGCCGGCUGUCGCGACAUGUCAUGUGAGACACAUGCUACAAAGGUCGUUGGCCUCCUUCGUCGUUUCCGCGUGAUCUCUCCGUCGCUAGCGCUCGAAGCAGAUGCUGCUCAUGAGUGAGUGAAUGAUUUACAGACAAAA